AUGGUCUCUCCGGAGUCAAAUGCUAAAAAAUUCAUAAAUACCAGCAUUAUAUUUACCAGUGGUAAAGAUGAAAUUGGGUUGAUUGUACUUGGUUCUGAGAAGACACAGAAUCCACUUGGUUACCCAAAUGUGAGUGUGGAAUUUCCUCUUGCACUGCCUACAUGGAAGAUGAUAUCCUUUGUGGAGAAAUUUUUACAUGAAGGUGAAUUAAAAACAGAUUGGACAGAUGGUGUUGUUUUUGGCAUGCAAGUCUUGAAAGAUGAGCUAGAUUUCUUUAGAAUAAUUUGCUGUUUCACAGGUGCCUUGAAGAAAAUAAAAGAUCUCAAAAGUGUCUUAAUGACAACCAAUGGCCUCAUGUUGACAAGACAGCUGGUUGCCUUGCAGAGGGCAGGGCUUGACGGUCUGAACAUCAGCUUAGACACCCUGCAGUCCCGACGCUACAACCAGAUCACGAGGAGGAAAGGCUGGGAACAUGUAAUGGCUGGCAUAGAUCUAGCCUUGCAACUUGAAUACGAACCUGUGAAGAUAAAUAGUGUUGUAAUGUGA